AUGCUUCCACCAUCUCAACUCCGCCGCGGGGUGGUCCUCGCCCAUCACCGCGCCCUCGCUACGAACACUCUCAAAGCCUCUAGCGCUUCUCUUCUGCAUUGCCCACUCAGCAUUGGCCAAUCCCGCCGUACCUUCUGGGGUGGCAGACGCCCUCCGAAAGACUGGACCUCCCAUCUAGACCCCCAGUUUCAACGCUUCCACCGCUUCCGUACUCUUAAGACUCGCGCCAAACUCCUUAGUAAGAUCCGUCGGCACCGUUCGUUCGAUUGGGACAGUAAUGCGGCCAACUUCUUCACCCCCAGGCAGGUUCGAUGGGCGUCGAGGUGGAAUGACAAUGGGUGGAAGCAGAAGCAUCCCUGGUAUCUGAAUGAUGAUGGCGAGCUUGUGAAGAAGAAAUCUGGUCGUCGUGAAUUGGACGGAGAGACGGACGGCUACGAGUUGAAUGCACGGGAGAAGGAGUGGCAGCGGAAGUUGGAGCUGAUGCGGGAGAGGAUUGAUAAUGAUCCAUAUGAGGCGUUGUUUGGAAAGAGAUUCGAACAGUUCUGGCAGCCUUUGAUGCCGAAUUGGAUGAAGUCGAACUUCGAUGUGACCAACUGGGGAACGAACGAGGCCGAAGCAAGAAAGGCGGCUGACGUGAAUCAGAAGGCUGAGUCUGCAACGCCCAAAGAUACAGCACCGACCAAGAAGAGUCAGCCAUCAACGAGACCAGAUGGCAGCCAAGCGACCAAGGGUACGAACGCGGGAGUUGAGCCAUCUGAGCCAAAGAAGCCGAAGCCGAACUCCUAUGCCUACGCCUCUUCAACUACCUGGGACUCUCAAUCAAACAAGACCAAGCGGACAGAGUGGGACUCGGUGUCUGGACAAACCAAGAAGUUCGAGUAUGACCCCAUUUCCAACCGGAUGAUUCUGGUCGAGUCCCCUAAGCCUGCCGAAACGAAGGCGCUCGAAUCGCCGAGCAAGCCAACCAGCACAUCUAGCAACGUAGUCAAGUCGUCUCCCACACCAGAAACUACCGUUGUACAGAACACGACAGGAGCGCCGGGAAAGCAGACGCAGAACACGCAAUCCAGCUCCAAGGUGGAUGGCGUCCCGGUCAAGCAGCCGAACGAUGAACGCAAGUCCAUUCCCAUCCCGCCUCCGCUGUCCAUGCCAUCGUACAAUGUCCCAAUCGGCUUUUCUCCAAAGCCAACGUCUCUCGGGCCUUGGAAGAGCACGGCGGUGGCUUCCGAUGUCCCCAAGCCGUCAAGUCUCGCCACUAUACCAACCAAAGAGCCAAGCAAGCAGGCGAUGACAGAGACUUCGGGCCAGACAAAACAAGAAGAAGCAAAUUUGGACGGCUUAACUGCCGAGUCCAUCCGUGCCGGUUUCCCAAAGCUUACAUCCACCAAGCAACCGCCAUCUGCUUCACGUCCACCCGCAACAAACCCGCAGCAGCAGGGCGAACAAGAAGCCUCGUUCACCAACCUCGAAACUCAAGGGCUCACUGAUAUCAUUCUUGCAGAUCAGUCUGUCGUCGACUAUUCUAAGCUACGCAGCUACAGCAACGCCACGGGAUCUCAGUGGGAUCAAGCGGAGCAGGAAGACAUUCUCCAGAAGGAGUUCGAGGGUCUCAACAAGAAGAAGGAGAAGCUGCUUCGUGAUGAGCAUGGCCUCUUUCACAUUGAACACCAGAAGGGAGAAUUGAUGAAGCUCAACCAGCGCAUCGAAGAGGUCGGGAAGAGGAUCGACCGCAUCAGUGACGUUAUGGGACCUCCCGAGAAGUCGUCCAAGGUCGCUCCAGACAACACAGCAACUAAGCAGAAUGAGAAGAAGCCGGUGUUGCAGUCGAGUCUGGAUCGUAUGUACUCCAAGCAGGAGGAUAAGUCGCAAGUGCUGCAGUCGAGUCUCGAUCGUAUGCAAUCCAAGCAGCAGAUUUCUAAGAAAUUGUCGGAAGAGGCACUGGAAGAUGCCGACGAUGCCGCUGCCCACGAGUCGACCGAGCCACUGGAGACCUCUGCGAGCAAGCCGGCGGUGCCACAGGGCUGGGACAAGCAGGCAGAGAUACUGCAGGCGGAUCGCGUCAAGCGUACGGAGGCGAAGGUGCCGUAUCCGGAUAUGCAGUCUCUUAUCACGUCUGCACCGGUUCGAAAGAAUGGACAGGAUGAAAUCAAUCGGGAAAACCGCACAAUGAACCACUCACUAGACAAUUAUAUCAAGAAGCUCAGGGCCACGCAUCGGGUGCCGGCCCUACCAUCAGAGGCUACUGAAGCCGCCUUUCAGGAGCGCUGCGCGGAAGUCAAGAAAGCCAGCGAGCCGAUUCUGGACCAAAGUCGGGAGCACAAAAUGGGGAUGGACCAGAGACGCAAGAAAGUCAAAGCCACGCGGUCUGAUGCUGAGCAUUCUCAGAAGCAGCCAACAUCGCCCCCAACCUUACCGCCAGCUCCCAGGAUCGGAGAUCAUCUUAAGCAGGAAGAUCACACCGCUGAACGCACUGCCAAGCUCGAGAAGGCCAAUCGAAUGCUGCAAGAUGAGGUGCAGGAGCAGAAAGCCCGAAUGGAGGCACACGAGGGCAAGUACACAAGGAAGAUCAGUUCGCUUCGUGGUGAAUUGGAUGUGGCGUAUAAGCAGUCUGCUGUGCACGGAGACAAGCACGUCGAACGCAUUCGGGCACUGGAGAAGGAAGUCGAAGAGGCGACGAAGGCGGCGCCUGAGAGCAAAUAUGUCGACAAGAUUCGAGCGCUUCGCGAUGAGCUUGAUGUUGCCUACAAGCAGUCGGCUGUGCAUGGUGAGAAGCAUGUUGAGCGGAUCAGGACGCUUGAGAAGGAACUCGCGGAGGCCAGGAAGAGUGGUGCCAUCAGCGCCGCCGCCGCCGCUCAGGUUGCUGACGCUGAGACAAAGCCUGCAGCCGCCGAUAUCCCACAAGCAGAAGGAGACCUGGCACCCAACGCUCUCAAAUUCGCCGGCAGCGAGAAAUGGUACAAGCAACCCGCCGUGACUCCAUCGACCAUCAAGCGCGAGAUGGAGAAGGCCGACCAGAAACGCCGCGACCGCGAACUCGUCCGCGAAGUCCAGAAGAUCUACGAGCGCUUCUAUGGGACUAUUGAUACACAGCAUCGGCAGCCAGAACCGAGGAAGGAGCGGAAUGUUGAGGUGGAGUCGGAUGUUGAUCUAGGCGAGGCUCUGGCGAAGUAUGAGACGGAUCAGAAGCAGAGUUAUAGAUUUAGGAAGGGGGAGAUGGAGAAGGAGGUCGCGGCAAAGGAGAGAGAGGCGAAUGAGGGGGUGAGGUUGGUUGAUGAUGGGGCGCCGAGGUUGAUUCCUGAUGCCCUUGCUAAGGCCUCAAGUCCAGCCGUUGACGCAGCAUCGGGCGCCGUGGAAAGUGAAAAGCUGUGGGCGGAACCAGCUCUAUACAAAGUCCUGACCCCAGAGGAAUUUGACCGCGACGAACGGAAAUGGAGCAUGUCAACCAUUUCCAUGACGUCGAACUUCACCGGCACCGAGGAACCAGUAUCAAUAGUCGGCGCACUGAAGACCUCGAAGCUGCGCCUCAAAUACCUAAAGAACAUCGCCGAACAACACGCCGACGGGCUCCAGCUAGUCCAUGCAGCGAAGAAACUGCUGGUGUUCCGCAAAGUGAAGGACGAGAAGCGGCAAUUGGGACAGCAAGAUCGCGGCCUCCUUGACUAUCAGGUCGUUUUGUCAAAAGGCGGGAGUAUCGAGGUCUAUUCACUGGUCUCGCGCUUUGCUGGCGAUGAGGCUCCUAUUUCUAUCACAAAGGCUCUGGGUCCGCUCAACGAGCCCAGCGAGUUCAUGCCGUAUGUCGAGGAGUACCAGGGGAAAGGGUAUAAGGUCGUUCAUGCGGUUCACAAUAUGCUGGUGUUCCGGAAGGAGCUACCGGUGGAGAAGGAAGAGGCGGGAUUCGGAUUGCAAGAUCACGGUCUCCUGCCCGCGACAGAAGGUGGACAGAGUACCGGUCAUUCCAUCAACCCCAUCGAUGGAACUUCAUCGCUAUCUCCGGGAAGCACUUCCACAUCGGAGCAUUCAACAAAGUUGCAGCAGGCCGAGCAGUUUGAGAGACAGGACUACGAUAUCCGCCAUUACCCACGCGUCAAGCGGGACGAGUAUCCUGUCUUCACCGGCACUAAGCGGGUGAACCAAGGCAAGACGAGCAAAGGGGAGAAGAGCGAGGGGCCAAAGGAGUCAAAGGAAGAAGGGCCUUCCGUAGCAUGGGGGGCAGCGAGCGGCAUGUUUGGCGCGGCCAUGGCCGGGAUGGGCGGUGCGUACCUCGUUGGUGCAGCGGGGGAGAAGAAUCGCAAACACCGGGAGAAAGUCGACGCUAUGGUUCAGGGGAGGCGGGAGCGGCAGGUGGCGACGGAGAGUGCGAAGAGGAGGGAGGGUUGGUUCUGGAGGGAAUGA